AUGGCUUUCAACAACAAACCUAAGUCACUCAAAGAGAUCUUUGAACAAGAAAUCUUUUCAAAUCAGUCUUCGGCUCUUAAAGGUAUAUUUUAACAAAAGCCAUAUAAUCAUAUUUUAGCUUCAUAAUUUAAUGCAAAUAACUUUUCCCUUACCUCGCCCUAAGUUCAAGCUUCUGAUACUAAAAUGGCUCCUUUGGGGAUGAGUUUCUUUAAAAAUAAUACAAAUAAAGAUGACACAGUCAACUAAUUCAUGCAGUCCAUUAUGAAUCCAGGAGGAACCUCAAUGAAGUAAUCUUAGAAUGAGAUGCUUGAAAGUAAGAAAAGGAACAGCAGACAUAGAAUGUACAAGGAAAUAUUUGGAAAUGAAUCAGACCUUGAUGAAGAUUUAAAGGAAUCUAAGAAGUCUGAAAAGCAAAUUUAUGGAGGAACACUUGGAGCGAAUAGAGAGACCAUAACAAACCAAAAAAGCACUAAUUAUUAGAUGAAUAAAAAGAGCGAGGAUAUGACGAACAAGUCAUCUUUCUUAAAUAGAAACACUUUUGAUACAGACGAUCUACAAAAAUCUUAAAUGCAAGUACACGAGGGACUGAAGAAAAGUAUCAUAAAUUAAAGAGAAUCUAGAUGGGGUUAAGGUAGCAAUUUAAGACCACAUACACUUUCAUCAGAAUCUAGAAGUAGAAGCAGCAAUGGUGGUAAAUAUAAAUCCUCUAUUAAUCACCAAAAUGAUUCAAUGACUGAUAUGGAAUGCCAAACCUACUACUAAUCAAUCAAAGGCUUACUUUAAGAAAAAGAGAAAGUUGAUCUUGAGGAAUAGCAAAUAUCUUAGAAUAAGAAAUUGACAUUUGUUGAUAAAUGUGACGCCAUGAAGUCAGCUAGAAGUCUUUCUAAGACUAUCAAUAGUCUGAUAGGAAGGCAAACUGAUAAAAUUAGUGAAUAUUACGAUUCUCAGAUGAGAGAAAAGAAUUCAAUGAAGUAAUCUAUUUAAAGCAAUAACUAAUUCUAAUUUGAAAACUAAAAUAAUUCAAAGGAAUUUUCAAACACAUUAUAAUACGACAGUAAUUUUAGCAACUAGAUAAAGGAAUUUGAUAGACAAAAGUAAUUCAACUCCCUAGAUUACAAGGGUCAAAACUAAAAUAUCAAUGUCUUUUAAAAUCAAUAUAAAACUCAGAAAGAUAUGGAGGAGAGUAUGUGUUCUUUCUAAUCUAGAGUUAAUGAUGAAGAUUAGGAUAUUUAUGUGAAUGAACUGUAAUAAUUUUCCAGAAAUGAGUCUUAACAGUCAGAUGCUAAUCCUCUCUAAAGAUCUCAGUUGCAUGUUGCAUCAAAGACUCAGAAUAGAUACAAUUCAAAUAACUUCAAUGAAUUGAACAAUACACCUUCCUUUGAUCCUUAAGCAUUAGCCAAUAGUACUCUAAGAUUAUAAUCCUUAAAGAACUUUAGUCUUGGUGCAAGCCAAUAACUUUAAUUUUUGCAAUCUAAGCAGACUAGUCAGGAUAAAUUCAGUGAGAUCGAAGUUUAGUUCUAGGAGUAGCUGACUAAGUAUAAUAUGAUUUUAGAUCAACUUGAACUGGUUACCAAUCAAAAUUAGGAGUUACUAAAUUAAGUUUAAAAGUCUUAGGAAGACGUUAGAUACUCAUAAUCCAAAGCAGAAGAAUAUAAAAGAGAAAGAGAUAGAGUCAAUAAUGAAAAUAUGGACUUACUAGAAAGAAUGAAUGACUAUAAAAGCAGAACUGACUAGUCGAUUGAAAAUGUAAAUAUCCAAGAAUUACUAAGGAAAAAUUAGCUACUCUAAGAAGAGAAGAGGUUGUUAAAUGAUAAAAUUAAAACACUAGAACUGUAAAAAGAUUCUUAAUUGGGCGAGUUUAUAGAGUAAAAAUCUUAGGAUGUCAAAUUUAUCUAGGAGUAAUAUGAAACUUAAAUCAAGGCUCUCUAAGAUUAGAUAUCACAGAAAGACUAGCAUAUUGAAAUGAUUAAAAAUUCCUUUGAAUAAUUCGAUUAGAAGCUUGAGGAGUUUAAUACACAAGCAAUUAAGUUGGAGUAGUUAUCCCGUUAGAACUAAGAAUAGCAAAAUACAAUUAAAUAUCUUGAAGGACUACUAGAUGCACAAUAGCAAGUUACCUCUGAAUUCGAGAGAUCAAAUGACCUGGAGAGAGUUAUUCAAGACUAAUAAUAGCAGAUAGUCUUGAAAGAUCAAUACUUAUAAGCUUAAAAUGAAAAGAUAGAGGACUACAGACUCAUGCUUGAUUAGAUCUAACUAGAAAAGGACUCAUUGAAUAAAAGGUUGGAUCAGGUUCUCAAUGUAACUCAAAAGGACAGAGUUGACUCUAAUCUUUAUAAGCUCGAGGUGGAUACCUAUCUAAAGUAAAUAGAUUAGUUCAAACUAUCCGAGCUGAAUCUUAAAAAGCAAAUUAACAAGCUUAAGACUCAGAUUAAUGGCCAGUACAAGGAAGCAUCUGAGAACAAUGAUAAGUAUGCUAAGGAGAUGGAGCUCAAUAAAUAGCUUUAGAGUUAACUCUAACUUACCUCAAGUAAACUGGAGGAGUACUAAGUCUAGAAUUCUCAACUAAAUAGUAAACUAGAAGAAUCUUAGCUGAGUACAAACGCUCUUAGUGCAAAACUUGAGAAAUAAAAGCAGAAAUUAUAGAAUAAGAUCAUUAUGAUUGAUGAUUUAAAGGAGAGUGUUAACUUGAAGAUCACAGUGACAGAGGACCUCUAAAAUUUGCUUCAAUAGUCAUAAUCACAAUACUAAGAAAUCAAGAAUGAAAUGAAGACUGUCAUCACUGAGAAGGAUAAGCUUCUCGGCAGAUACUACAAAGUAGAGAAUGUCAACUCCUAACUGCACUAAAUGAAUCAGCAGCUAUUUGGAGAAUUAGAUCAUUUGUAGCAGAGUCUAGUUCAAAUGUCCUAAAAUGGAAAUGGAAAUGCAGGUCUUUAGACUUUAAACCCAUUUUUAAGUCAUCUCAGUCAACUUAAAUCAAUAUAUGAAUAGAAAUUUACCUCGCGGGAUUUGAACUGUAAAAAUGAUGAAGAGCUUAACUAACUGCUUCCAGAAAAACAGUCAAAGCAAUCUAAAAAGAAGAAGACUAAAGAUCAUGUUAAAAGAAUUAGCAAAGAUACUGGUCUGGGUGAAUAGGUGAGAGAUUCUUUCAAUGAUACCGAGUUGCAAAGAGCAGUUGACCAGAAUACACCACCAAAUAACAACCAAAAUAAAAAUCAACAACCUCACAGUUUAAGUAACAAUAUGAGUAUUUAGAGUAAAAAUCAAUUGUAAUAUCAGGCUAGAAGAAUCACUUAAAAUAAAGAGAAUUUGAGAGACAGCAUAAAUAUGAGAGAGACUGAUAAUGCCAAGAUAUUUGCUGAUUAAAAGAUGUCUAUACUUAGUCUGGAUUCAAAAGCUGAUCAAUCAAGCAGUGGGCUGAAUAAAAGAUACAGUCAAAUGCAGUAUUCUGAUGACGAUUCCCAAUCAUUAAUGGAAAGUAUCAAUCACAAAGAAUAUAGAGUCAAAGCUGUAGACACUGAUAUCAAUAUAGACGAUGCAUCGAGUGUGGAUUUCUUUAAUAAAUGGGUCGAAUCAUUUUCAACCAACAAAUACUGA